AUGUGCAACUCCUGUUGUGGAUCCUGCUGCUCUGGCCAGGGCUGUGGCUGCUGCCAGCCCAGGUGCUGCCAGACCACCUGCUGCAGGACCACCUGCUGCCACCCCAGCUGCUGCUGCAGCCCUUGUUGUGGUGGUGGCUGUGGUGGGUGUGGUGGCUGUGGUUCCUGCUGCUGUCGCCCCAUCUGCUGUAGGACCACCUGCUGCAGGACCACCUGCUGUCGCCCCAGCUGCUGUGGCUCCUGCUGUGGUGGGUGCAGUGGCUGUGGCUCCUGCUGCUGUCGCCCCUGCUGCUGUGUCUCCUCUUGCUGCCACCCUUGCUGCUGUCACCCCACCUGCUGCCAGACCACCUGCUGCAGGACCACCUGCUGCCGCCCCAGCUGCUGUGGAUCCUGCUGA